AUGGACCUUAACCAGAAGGUGGGAGAUGCCACAGAUGGAGAUCCGGUAAAUACAACACGAUAUCAGAAGUUGGUAGGAAAACUAAUUUACCUAUCGCAUACCGGACCAGACAUUGCGUUCACAGUUAAUAUGGUAAGUCAAUUCAUGCACUCACCACGUGAAGAACACCUUCAGGCAGUAUAUCGAAUCUUGAGGUAUUUGAAAAGCAUUCCAGGGAAAGGACUCCUCUUCGAGAAACACGGGCAGAAAACAAUUGAAGCAUACACAGAUGCAGAUUGGGCGGGUUCCGUCACAGACAGAAGAUCUACAUAUGUAUAUUGCACUUAUGUUUGGGGAAACUUAGUCGCUUGGAGGAGCAAGGAACAAAGUGUAGUAUCUCAAAGUAGUGUAGAAGCUGAGUACCGGGCAAUGGCUCAUGCAGUAUUUGAAAUGUCGUGGUUAAAAAGAAUUCUUGAGGAAUUGAAGAAACCAAUAGAGAUGCCUAUGAAACUCUACUGUGACAACAAGGCUGCGAUCAGUAUGCCGUUUGUUCCAACAACACAACAAAUAGUUGAUAUUCUCUCACAAAGGGAUUAUUCAGACCAAGCUUUGAGUUUCUUAUCAGCAAGUUGGGAUCUUGAUGUUCGAGAGUUUGCAAUAUCUUUGGCUGGGAGGUUAUCAGAAAAAAAUCCUGCAUAUGUUCUUCCAGCACUUCGUCGCCAUCUUAUACAGUUGUUGACGUACUUGGACAAGAGUGCAGAUAGCAAAUGUAGAGAAGAAAGUGCCAAGUUACUGGGUUGUUUAAUACGAAACUGUGAACGACUAAUACGCCCAUAUAUUGCUCCAAUACACAAGGCACUCGUGGCAAGACUUGAGGGUAAUGGUGUCAAUACAAACAAUGCCAUCAUUACUGGAGUUCUUGUGACUGUUGGAGAUCUUGCUAGAGUGGGUGGUUUCGAAAUGAGACAAUACAUGCCCAAACUUAUGCCCUUAAUUGUUGAAGCUUUAUCGGAUGGAGCAGCUGUUGCCAAACGUGAAGUUGCUGUUACCACUCUUGGUCAAAUUGUGCAGAGCACUGGGUAUGUCAUAACUCCAUAUAAUGAUUUCCCCCUGUUACUUGGCUUACUGUUGAAGUUGCUAAAUGGAGAGUUGGCAUGGUCUACCAGACGCGAAGUGCUAAAGGUUCUCGGAAUUAUGGGUGCCUUGGAUCCUCAUCUACAUAAAAGAAAUCAACUUAGCCUGUCAGGAUCGCAUGGAGAUGUUACCCGUGCUGCCAGUGAUUCUGGUCAGCAUCUCCAGUCGAUGGAUGAACUGCCCAUGGACCUAUGGCCAUCUUUUGCAACAUCUGAAGAUUACUAUUCCACGGUUUCUAUCAAUUCCCUAAUGCGAAUACUUAGGGACCCUUCCCUUUCUAGUUACCACCUAAAGGUUGUUGGAUCUCUUAUGUUCAUAUUUAAGUCAAUGGGGCUCGGUUGCGUUCCAUACUUGCAAAAGGUUCUGCCCGAUCUCUUUCUCAUUGUUCGGACAUGUGACGAUGCCUUAAAGGAUUUUAUAACAUGGAAGCUUGGCACUCUAGUGUCUAUUGUUCGUCAGCACAUACGAAAAUAUCUGCCAGAGCUGCUGUCUUUAAUUUCAGUAUUAUGGUCAUCAUUCAGUUUUCCUGCCGCUAGCCGUCCUUCACUUGGCUAUCCGGUUCUGCAUUUAGUGGAACAGCUUUGCUUGGCUCUCAAUGAUGAGUUCAGAACAUAUCUUCCUAAUAUUCUUCCAUGCUGUAUACAAGUUCUAAGUGAUGCAGAACGCUAUAAUGAUUACACCUAUGUUCUCGACAUACUCCACACUCUUGAAGUCUUCGGUGGAACUUUGGAUGAACAUAUGCAUUUACUUCUUCCUGCGCUUAUUCGAUUGUUUAAAGUGGACGCUUCGGUAGAGAUAAGGCGUGCUGCUAUAAAAACUUUGACUAGAUUGAUUCCACGCGUGCAGGUUACUGGUCAUAUAUCUUCUCUUGUGCAUCACCUGAAGCUUGUCUUGGAUGGGUAUGACUCUCCUUUCUCUGAUUUGAACUAUACCUGA